AUGCUGCAGACGAUACGGAACGGGCACGGCCGAGGGCUUGAUGCCACGCUCCGAGCCAUGCUUGAGGCACUGCUGGCAGGCGUUGCUGCACAGUACUUCACGUCUAGAUCGUCGGAGCUGUACUCUGAGAUGCUGAGCUGGGCCCUGCUCCCGUUGCUAAUCACGUACAUCCGGAGACCCAAUCGUGGUGCCAGGCUCGGUGAUGCCAGUCUAUCGCUCGGAGAUGGUGUCAAGCUGGCCACGGCGGCCAACUGCAUCGUGGCAGUCGGCCUAGCUGUUGCAACAUUCUGUGCUGCAGAGAGCGAUUGGGUUCGGCUAAUUCCUGCCCUGACGCCGGCCCUCCUCGCGGUCCAGGCAAAGCUGCACGGAGAGGCACUGCCGCUCAGGACCAGGCUCUCGGCGGCCUGUGCCUCGACGACGACAUGGCACGCCGUCGCAGCUGCGGUAUUUGGAGUAUGCACACUGUCGUCGUACUGGAGCAAGGCCGCCGUCCGGAUAGCGGCCGUGGAGUUUGGGGGCCUGCUCUUCGCCUACGCAACGCUGGCGUUGAAGACAGCCGGGCACCGCGGUCGAUUCCCUCGUCGACAUGGACAGGUACACUUCCUGGGGUUCGUGCCGUUUGGUGCCGCCGCCAUGAUCAUGGCCGGUGUGGCAAAGUCUUAUGCGACCUUCCGCACCGUCGAAGUGGUUCAUGAUGCGUCGUGGGCCGGUGCUACCGUUGUCAAGAUGUUGACCAUCUUUGCCAGCCGCAACCCCUUCAUCCAGUCGUCCCACGCCCGGGCACUGCUUCACAUUGUCGGAUCCGCCUUGACGCUGGGCCAGCUCGUUGCACUGACCCCGAAGCACGUGUCCAGAAGCAGACUGCUGUGGGCGUUUAUGCUGGUGCCCCUUGUUCCGUACCUGGCGCAGACGGCUGCCAUCCGCGGUGCGCAGUCGAGAAUGUCGGCGCUCAGUCUUGCGCACAAACACCCCGUCGAGGAGAUGAUGGACGAGGCGAGCAGUCGCUUCGAAGCCAUGCUGGAGAGGCAGUCGAACUCGAGCGAAGCGGCGAGCGACGAGUAUCGCCGCCGCUACAAGAUGGAGCCGCCGCCCGGGUUCGAGGCCUGGUGCGAGUACGCUGCGGCUCGCGAAUCCCGCAUCGUGGACGAUUUCGACGCCAUGUACUCGUCGAUUGCGCCGUUCUGGGCGCUGAGCGGCCUGCAGGUCCGGCAAGCCAUGCGGGAGAUGCGGGAAUCGGCCUACGGCGACGUCUGGACAUGCACCUACUCGAGCAAAUCGGGCCACACGGGAUGCACUCACCCGUGGCGCGACUUUGACAGGUACACGGCGCAGCUGUUCAACCAACACGUGCCGGGAGGCAUCCCGGCCGCCGUGCCGGACGUGGAGUUUCUGGUCAACCACCUCGACGAGCCCAGCGUGCUCCUGCCCAGGCCCGUGUCGGGGGCCGGAGGCAUCAGGGAGACGCAACUCUCGGAGAGGCCGAUAUGGGCGAGGCUGGUCCAGCACUGCGACGCGGAGCGGCAGCAGGGUGGGCAGGAGACGACGCACGCGUCCGGCCUGCCGUUUGUCCGGAACAAGUCGGCCGACAUGGACCUCUGCCGCCACCGCGAGUACGAGCACAUGCACGGCCUGUUCAUGAGCCCGACGUCGAUGCGGCUGCUGGAGGGGAUGGCGCCGGUGCUCUCGACGGGCGCGCCGUCCACCAUGGGGGACAUUCUGUUCCCGAGCCCGGCCUACACGGAGGACCGGUUCGCCUACCGCCCCGAGCACGACGUGGGCUGGGACGCCAAGAGGAACAAUCUCUACUGGACGGGGUCCACGACGGGCGGCUUCGCCUCGGCCGAGUCGCAGUGGUCCCGAUUCCACCGGCAGCGCUUCGUCGGCCUCGCCCAGAACCUCGCCGGCGGGCGGCGGCUCGACUCGUCCUUCCUCAACAGCCGGCUCUACGACGUCGCCUUCACCGGCGUCUUGGCCGGCGACAGGGGCCCGCUGCGCCAGCAGACCUUCGCCUACCGCACGCGGCCGUGGGAGGACGCCAACGCGGCGCUGCGCUCGCGCCUCGUCUUCGACCUCGACGGCAACGGCAUCAGCGGCCGCUGGUACAGGCUCCUCGCGUCCGGGUCCGCGCCGCUGAAGCAGACGCUCCUGCGCGAGUGGCACGACGACCGCCUCGUCCCGUGGGUGCACUACGUCCCCGUCAGCCAGGGCAUGGACGAGCUCCCGGAGCUGGUGGCCUUCCUGACGUCCUCGCCGCGGGGCGAGCAGCUCGCGCGCCGAAUCGCGGGCCAGGGGGCCGAGUGGUUCCGGCAGGCGCUCCGGCGCGAGGACAUGUCGGUGUACCUGUACCGGCUGUUGCUGGAGCUGGCGAGGUUGCAGGACCCGGAGAGACCUGCGCACCCGGUUUCGUGA